UGAUGUAGUAAUACUUAGAAUACAUUUGUGUGUCUCUUAUCAUUGUAUGUCAAGAUUGUGUCAAAAUAUAUGAAUGUCAAUAAAUACACAGUAUUUACAAAUAUUGUUAUGAAAAUUGACAAUUAUAAUUAUGCAAUCAUUACGCUAAAAAUAUUAUAAAAUUAUUAUUUGAUAUAACUCUUAUUCAUAUGUAAGCUUUCUUUUCCUCUCUUCGAUUAAAAUAUGAAAAAAAACAUUUUUAAGAUAUUAAUUGAACUAUGCAAUCACAAGUAAUCACUUUAGUUUGUUGCUAUGGAAUCAAUUCGGCAUCCAAGCAACUCUUUGUUAUUUGAUUUAAUAAUUAAACAUCAGAAGAACGCUUUUAUAUAUGAAUUAAUCCAAUAACUAUUUCAAGUAUUACAAAAAUUUGUAAAAAUAAAAAUGUCUAGAGUAAAAAAACUUCACUUAACCGAAGUUUGUUUAUCACUUGAAGCAGAAGAGAGAAAGCGACGUUUAGGUGGCUUGGAACAACUUCAAACGAUCAUUAGCAAUAAAACAGAACAAUGGAGCAAAGAUGAGAUACUAGAAAUGUGGCAAACAGUGAAUAAAAAUAUUGCUAAAAUUCUCAUAGAUCCUAUAGAAGCUUAUCGAGAUCGUGCUAUUAAUAUUAUUAAGAUAUUUAUCAAUCGUUUACCAGUGCUCGAAAAGAAUAUUAUGUAUAUUAUUCCCAUAUUAGUACGACGCUUGGGAUCAGAAGAAAUUCUAGAACCUGCUGAAGAAGUUCGACUCAAUUGCAUCCAUCUACUUCGACUAAUUAUUAAUAUCUACAAAGAAUAUAUGCCAGUAUAUAUAGAUGACUUCAUUGUGAUUUUAUCUAAGACAGUAAUUGAUAGCUAUCCUAAAGUGAAAAAAGAAACCUGUGAAGCUAUUUCUGAACUCGCUCAAAGUGCUCCAAUUCAAUUUUAUUCACGAUGUCAAGUUGUGAUUACACCAAUUUUGAGUAAUUUUACUCAUCAACAUCAUCGAGUUAGAGUAGCUAGUAUAAAAGCUAUUGGUCAAGUAAUCCAAUAUGGAAAUAGUAAACACAUGGAUGAUGUUGCCACUCGUAUGGCUGAACGGUUAUUCGAUCAAAGCGGAGCUGUUCGAGCGGCUGUCAUUGAAGUAGCUGGUUAUUGGCUUCUUAAUUUACGAGAUCGAUACAGUUGGUGGUAUAAAUUACUUCCUCUGCUGCUUACUGGACUUCAUGAUGAAAUAUUGGAAAUCAGAUUGAAAGCUACAGAACUUUGGGAAACUACAGGGCAAUAUUAUCUUCAGGAGAAUGAAGAAGAUGAAAAAGUUAAAAAUAAAAUGGAUUUUUUAGUUAAAACACUAGAUCAUUAUCCACCAAAAAUUAAAAGACCUAAUCUAGGAUGUCGAUUAAUCAUUCAACAAAAUGCUGAAAAAUUAAUUAGUGGAAUAUCAAAUGAGCUUGAAAAUUGGAUAGCUGAUAUUCGAGUUCGAUCAGCACAAUUACUCGCUGUUGUUACAUUGAAUGCUGAAAUAGAGAUAGUUCAACAUAUUGAGAAAAUAUUUCCUGCAAUGUUUCGUGCUUGUAACGAUGAAGAUUCAAGAGUUGUAGAAAAUAUUAUAUUAGCAGCAGAAUAUGUAGGAUAUUUUAUUUCGCCUCAAACAUACUGUAAAUUAAUCCUUCCAACGUUGAAAGAAGGAAACAUCAAGACAGGACAUUUAAUAGUUUUCAGUGCCAUUAUACGAGGAAGUCGAAGAAAUAGUCUGGUCGACAAGCUUCCAGACAUAGGCGAUUUCAUUCAACAAACAUACAUCUGUCAAAGUAAAAAAGCCAAUUACCAAUAUCAAAUUUUACGAUGUUGUGAAGCUCUUUUGAAUGUGUGUCAAGAGGAUUGUAAUGUGAUAACAAAUGAUCUGUUUAUUGCCAUUUUUACUGUUUGGUCAAUGACUCAAGAAGAAAAUCAUAAAAUAUUUGCAAAAGAAUUGAUGAUUACUCUACAGAAUGUAACAACGUAUUCUAAUCUUGAAGAUCUAUAUGCUUGCCAUCUUCCAAAAAUCUUAAUGAAAAUCCAAAAUUCAGCAGACAGUUGGUCUGUAUAUAGUCCUGAAGUUUAUAUUUUCACAUUAUGUCUGUCAGAGGCAAAAACAGCUUCUGCGAAAAAUAUAAGCUUAAUUAGACCAAUUUUACAAACUACCAUUAGUAAAGAAUCUGAUGCAGAAUUGCGACUAAAAAUGUUGAUUUUGAUGUCAGAUUUUUUUCAGCAUCAAAAUAAAACUUUAAUUCAAACAAAAAAUUCUAGUGAGUUCAUAAAGGGAUUUCUGUUAGAUAUUUUAACACCAGAGCUCAUUUGGUCUGCCGGUAAAACUGCUGAAGCAACCAGAACUGCUGCUGUAGGUUGUUUAUGUGCUAUUUUUAAUGAUUUUUCAUCAGAAAAUGAUAAAAAUGAUGAUAAUAAAUCUAGUUUUCGAUUCUACCAACAUGAGCAAACUAAGAAAGAAGAUAAUCUGAAAUUGUUCACGAACAAAUUGGAUUUUUCAGAAGUAUUCAACAAACUGCGACCUAUUUUAUUAUCAUUGAUUGAUGAUAAUGCCAGAAGAAUUAGAUUUUAUACGUUACAAGCUUUAUGUUUGAUAAUAAACGUCGGUUUCAAAUUAUCCAGUAUAACGGAUGAAGACAUUAUAGCUAUUUACCCGGUGAUUAUUAAACGAUUAGAUGAUGGUUCUGAUGAUGUUAGAAAUGCAGCCGUUGAAGCUUUAGUAUUUGUAUGGAGACCUCUAUCUAAACAAUAUGAUCUCCAAUUUGGUAAAAGUCACAUUGAUUAUUUGUAUACAACAAUGAUUGUUCAUCUUGAUGAUCCAGAAACAAACUUUCAGGAUUUAAUGCUAGGAGCCUUGUUAGAACUUGCAGUUAUUUAUCCUGAGUUGCUAAUUAAUAAAAUAGUCAAAUCUAAAUCGAAUUUCAGAAACCAGAAAGGUCUCGAUAAAUUAUUGGAGCGUUGUCAAGAACUGAUGAAAAUCAAAGAAUAA